AUGUUGCGUCCAGUCCCCAACCUUGCAGACUAUGGCAUCACUCCGGAGCAUGGCUUCCUCCCCAAGGAGCCACCAGCUACAGAGCUCCCAGCAUACUACUCUCCAUGGGAGACGGCUGUCAGAAACCUCCAGCCUCUGAUACUAGCCGGGAGGCUGCGGAAAACAAUUGCACAGAUGCCUGUGCUCUCGACCGGCCAGCUCCUUACUACACCAGAAUGGAGACGUGCAUAUUCCAUCCUUGGUUUCCUUCUGCAUGGCUAUAUUUGGGGGGGCGAUGAACCCGCUGAUGAAAUCCCGCAACCCCUGGCCAUCCCACUUUUAAAAAUUGCCGCUCAACUGGAACUUCCACCAGUAGCCACCUUUGCUGGCCUCUGUCUAUGGAAUUACAAGCCAAUAUUCGCCGAUGAACCCACAGACUCUCUCGAAAACCUUGCCACACUAUUCACUUUUACCGGCUCCGUGGAUGAGCAAUGGUUCUACCUUGUUUCCAUUGCCAUUGAGGCCCGGGGUGCACGGUCCAUACCUCUUAUGCUCCGAGCCAUAUCUGCAGCUCGUGAGAACCAGACGCAAGAGGUUACAGAAUGCCUGACCAAGUUUGCUGAGGUGGUCGACGAGGUCAACCUCGUACUACAGAAAAUGUACAAACAUUGUGACCCGCAUGUUUUCUACCACCGUAUCCGCCCGUUCUUGGCAGGAAGCAAGGGUAUGGCCGAACUUCCGCGUGGCAUACUUUUCGAUGACGGGACAGAGAACCGCGAAUACAAACACUAUAGGGGAGGAAGUAACGCGCAGAGCUCGCUGAUACAAUUCUUCGAUAUUGUACUGGGUGUCGAACAUCGUCCAACAGGUGAAACUAGACCAAAGCCAAACACUCCUUCCCCUACCUCUUCGUCAUCAAGUGACGAGAAUGGCGAGGCGAGGAAGCGAUGGCACAACUUCCUCAUGGAAAUGCGGACGUAUAUGCCCGGCCCACACAGGCGGUUCUUGGAACAUGUUUCCAGCGUUUCCAACAUACAAGAAUAUGUCCAGUCACAUCAGUCAGAUACAGAUCUAGUCAUGGCCUUCAACACAGCAGUUGCAAUGGUCAAAGCUAUCCGAACCACGCACAUCACAAUGGUAUCACGGUACAUUGUGGUUAAGUCGCGCGAAGAGCAGCGGGAUAUACAACCUCUGUCCUCUCCCUCACGAGCACUGUCACAACCCCAAUCAACCCCCGGUGGAAUGCUAAUGUCCAACCGUCCAUCGUCAAAGCACAACAAGAAAGCGCCGCUCCGCGGCACAGGCGGCACCGCACUCAUCCCGUUCUUGAAACAGGCCCGUGAUGAGACGGGUGAAGCGGCCAUUGGGCCAUGGGCAAAGAAGCUUCUGGAUAAAGCGGGCGUCCAAGCACCCAAGGUAGCGACCCUGCCAAAGCUUGAUGAACAUGCUGACGGACAGAUGCAAGUAGUUGGACUAGCUGGUACAUGGUCCGUGGACGAGGGCGAAGGUGGCCUAUGCCAUUGGUAA